AUGACAUUGAUUUUUAAUACUUUACGAAUUCCUUUGGCGAAUCAUAAAACAUUGGGUCCUGUCCAGGAAUUGGAGUAUUUAGGUAUAAUGCUUAACUCAAAAGAAUUGAUGGCCUUUCUACCAACAGACAAGAGAAUCGGGAUUUCAAAAAAAUUAUCUGAAGUGUUAGCAAAGAAAAGUGUUACCAAACAAGUCUUGUUAUCUUUGUUAGGUCAUCUGAGUUUUGCUGGAAGAGUAGUCUUGCCAGGUAGAUCUUUUGUGUCUCAUCUACUGCAGUUAGCCUCCAUAGUACCAAAACUUCAUUACCAUGUAGCUAUUAAUAGUGACUGUCGCAUGGAGCUAGCUAUGUGGGAUAGUUUCCUGCAAUCAUGGAAUGGAGUUCAUCUUUUCCUCAACAGUGAGGUCACCAGUGCUGCAGACUUGCAGAUUUACACAGACGCUUCAUCGACUGUUGGGUUUGGGGGAUAUUUUAGAGGCGAAUGGUUUAACGACUGUCGGCCUGCAGAACUUAACAUGAAUAACCGGAGUGAUCUAUCUAUGGCCCUUUUAGAAUUAUACCCUAUUGUGGUUGCAGCUAUGUUAUGGGGAGGGAAAUGGUCUCAAAAGCGCAUCAGGUUUAAUUGUGACAAUGAGGCUACGGUACAUAUCAUUAACAAAGAAGUUCAGGCAGUUGGCUCCAGCCGCACAGCAGCUCAGAACGCAGUGUCCACUAUAUUGCGAAGUGACCCAGAUCUAGCUGAGGAAGUGGAGACUAUGCCAAUAGUGAGUGCUGCAGGCAAUGCUGGUGGUAUCGCUAUAGUGAUGAUAUCAAGUGACUUGAGGACAAUAUCUUUGGCAGUAGACUGUAAACAAAUUGAAAUUAUUGUUAAUGAGUGCUUCCUAACAGACCAAAAGUAA